AUGCAUGUGGAUUUUCUUUCUGCUGGUGGAUGUAGUUCCUCUACAUUCAGCGACGUCGACAACAAUUCAGAACUGAUUAGGGCAGAUAGAGAUAGUUAUGAAACUGAUGGAAAAGAAAUUGUUAAACCUCUUCUGUCCGAUGGGUGGGAGAAUGUUUUUGAUGAUCCGAACAAGCUUUUUCGUGGUGGUGUUGAUGCUUUUCGGUUGGCCUGUCAAAAGUAUUGUUUGAAGACUGUUGCUAUUGAUUCUACUUGCGAUGUUUUUAGGAUAAAAAAGUAUGUUGGGAGGCACACUUGUGGAGCUGGUGUGAAGUUGAGAAGUCCUAAAGUAUCGAAGAAGCUGGUACACAACCUUAUUCAUGAUCGUGUGAUGCACAACCCACUUAUCAAGCCUCGCGAAAUUGAAGAUUAUAUAAAAGUUGGUGUUGGUGUUAAUAUCAAAUAUCACCAUGCAUAUCAUGGUUUGGAACGGUCACACCAUGAAAUUUUUGGGAACGAUGUAAAGUCUUACUCUGACCUGGUUUGGUGGGUGAAUUCAUUGAAAGAAACAAAUCCUGGCUCUUGUGUGGAUUUUCAGUUUAACGAUGCAACUCAGACAUUUGAAAGGUUAUUCAUUGCAAUAGGCGCUUGUAUUGAAGGUUAUAGACUUUGUCGACCAAUGAUUUUUGUUGAUGCAACUUUUCUGACCGGGAGAUUUAGAGGUACCCUUAUGGAUGCUACUUGUCUGAAUGGGAAUCAAGGUUUUUAUCCACUAGCCUUUGCAUUGGUCCCAGGAGAGGAUGUUGACAAUUGGGAUUGGAAAUCGGACGAGAAGUACAAAGAAGUUAUGGCUUGUUUCAAAAAAGCAACUUAUGCUCUCACACCAGCAAGAUAUGAAGAAGCACUAAUGGAAAUGGAGUUAAUGGGAAGGCCUGGGGUUGCUGAGUAUUGUCGAAAUAUGCCUAGGGAACAUUGGUCCAACGCGUUCUUCACUGGCUGUAGAUUUGGUCAGACUACAUCAAGCGUUGCUGAGUCCUUCAAUAAUUGGAUUCGGAAAGACAAGAGGUUGCCUGCCUGCGCCCUCGUUGACAUGAUCAGGUGUUCUUUUUGUUCCAUUCAUUGGUUACGCGUUAUGGAUUUGAUGAAUGAACGUCGCGAAAUGAGUCUUUUGAUGGACCCAGAGAAGCUCACUCCUACCUACGAGGCGUUACUUAAAGAACAUAUUCAAAUUGGUCGAGUUUGGAAUGUUACUCAGUCAUCUGCGUAUGAGUAUGAAAUUCAUUCGCCUAUGUUGCAUAUAUGUACUGCUUUUAAGUUAUUUGUGCUGAAAAGCUUUUUACGCACCUGUAGGUCUCACACUGUUGAUCUGCUGAACAAGACUUGCACCGGCCAAAGAUGGCGUGUUUAUGGUUUUCCAUGCUCUCAUGCUACAACAUCUAUUUCUGCCAAGGGUUAUCGAUACGUAGAUUAUAUCGAAGACUACUUUAAAGUUACAAAUUUUUAG